AUUUAUAAUCAUUAGGACUUUUUCUCUGUGUCCACCUGGUCUGAAGUCAUCACAUAGCUGAACUGAUUAAUAAACAAUCUUGGGCUUUUUCCUUAAGCCUAAAUGCUUUUAAAAACCAAGCUCAUUAAUACCACAUGUUUGAGACAUGUGAUCCAUUCCAUGCAAUUGAGAAUUCAUUUCUUCUGGUGAUGAUUUGCUACCCCUUAUUGUUUAAGGCACCAGUGAAGUGGCAAAUCUUCUAGUCAGUGUGUCUCAGAAGGGAUGAGAGUAUGCUGGAAUAAUAAGUUUCCUGUCUGUGAAUGGAUUUCUUGUGACCCUCCUCCUGCAAUCAAAAAUGGUCAUACUAGUUAUGUUUCUGACCCUGUACCUAUUAAUACUGUCGUGAGGUACAGGUGUUUGCCUAACUACCGCCUCAUUGGAGAAAGAAGCCUUGUUUGUAUUAGUAGAGACCAAGUGAAAGGAACCUGGGAUAAAGAUGCUCCUAUAUGUGAAUAUUUCAACAGGCGGUCUACUUGCCCUGAGCCCAUAGUACCAGGGGGACACAAAAAUAAAGUAUCUAGGCCACCAUACAGACAUGGUGAUUCUGUGACAUUUACCUGUAACACCAACUUCACCAUGAAAGGAAACCAGACCGUUUGGUGCCAAGCAAAUACAAAAUGGGGACCAACACCACUACCAGUCUGUGAGAGGGAUUUCCCCAUGGUGUGUCCACCGCUUCCCAUGAUCCCCAAUGGAAAUCAUACAGGAAACAAUGUUGGCCCCUUUGUCCCUGGAUCGUCUGUGAAUUACCACUGUGAACCCGGUUACUUGCUUGUUGGAAAAAACAUUCGUUGUUUGUCUUCAGGAGACUGGAGUGCUGUCAUUGCAAAAUGUGAAAGUACCCUAAUUUUACAAUCAAUUUUCAGAAAUUAGGCUAUUCUGUUGUGUGCCAUGCCUUGUGCAUCUUUGGUGUGUUUCCAUAGAAGCACGGUGUGCACCUCCAAGUCCAUUAGUCAAUGGGAAGAUAAAGGAGCCUUCAAGUCUUCAGGUUGGCGUAACUGUGAGCUUUUC